CCCUCUCCUCCUUCACCGCUUCCAGUUCUUAACUCCUCCCUCAAUUCCGCGCCUCCUCCCUCGAUUCCGCGCCUCCUCUCUUGAUUCCGUGCCUCCAUUCAAUAGCCACGAUGGCCAGCGACGAGCAGACGCAGGCUAGGCCGGCAACGGCGACAAGCAAGCUAGGGUUCGAUGGCGGCGAACCACAGCAUUGCACGGACGGCGUGGGGAGGGUGGGCGGCCAAGAUAUCGACGGCGGCGAACCACAGAUGCGCACGCACGGCGGCGGUGAUCCCCACAUGCACACGGACGCCGGCCGCGGGAAGCGGCCGCAGCGCAAGAAUCCCAACGGAAGCUCGCUCGUCCCCGCCAUCAUCAAGGCUGAAUGUGCUUCUUCAGCGACGACCUGAAGGGACAACAACAGCUGGAUGGCGAGCAUUUGUUCAGGGAGGAUGGCAAGUAAAUCAUAAAGUAUGCCAUACUAUCAGUAUUAUCCUUUGACAUUUUGCUUGGUCUAGUGACGGAGCCUAGCCCUGCUGUCCUUCUAUUCAAGAUUGCCAUUUGUCUCUGCAACCCUCUGUCCAACAUUGCUAUACUGGUCGGCGAAAUUAUGCCCGCCACAAGUGUGGGAGCUACUACACAUUAUCAGCCACUGGCGAUGGAUAAUUGCAUGAUGCAGAAUUUGCUUCAGUAAGAUAGUCUGUACUGAUGAAUCUGUCACUUUUAAAUGCUGCUGAAUCUGUACUGUUGAAUCUGUCACAUUUUUUUGUUUAUGUCCGUACUACUGAAUCUUCAAUUUGAAAUGCUGCUGAAUCUAUCAAAUGUUGUUGAAUCUGUCAAAUGCUCUCUGACGUUUCUAAGGGCAUCUCCAACGGGGCGAAGACCGUUUGGUCCGCGUGUGCCGAAAAUGCUACUGGUACCCCCUCCAACGGUACGGACGCAUCAAGUUUGCGCGCCCCCUUUCAGAAGAAAACCGGUCGGUGCCAUGGCCGGACGCAAACCUACCUGGAGGAGGCUGGUACCUCAACUCCAGGCAUGUGCUGGCGUGGGAUCCGGAGACCCAGCCAUCGGACAAUACCGAGGAGGAGGCCAUUGCCAAGGAGCUCGCUAUGUGGGACAGGCUCGCAAUCUAGCUCCGCAAGUUGGCGCUCGCUCAGGGGAGGCCGACGACUCCUUUGGCCACGCCGACUUGUUCCAACGACGACACAAACCCUCUGUCCGUUUUGGUGUCCGAAAUGUGUCGCCUCGCUGGAGAUGUGCUAAGCACUAGAGCUAUUAGCUUUGUGUCAUAUGGAGAUGGGAGGUGUAAAGACUUAACGUGGUAGUCACUGGAUCCCAUUCGC